UCAGUCACAGCAAGGCUCAGGACGCAUCUACUCACCGCAUCUCUGAGAGAAGCUGUCUCCUCGCUCAAGGACCACUUAUCUACUUUUUGGUGAGGAAGAACAAAUCUGCAGUGAUGCACAGGACACAAGACAUUAUGGCUUUGAUCUGUCUGCUGUUUCUUGAACUGCCAAUGUUUGAGAUGGCCAGUGGGAAAGUCUUAGAAGAGACUUAUCGGAAGUGGGUCCAGUAUAAAGAAGACUGUAUCAAAAUGAUUGGAAAUGAGCCGCUCCCUCAAGCGAGCGUGUUCUGUAACAGAUCAUUUGACAGAUACGCCUGCUGGCCAGAUACUCCUGCCGGCUCUAUGGUCAACAUCUCCUGUCCUUUCUACCUACCCUGGUAUUACAAAGUGUCCCACGGUGUUGUGCGUCGGCGGUGUGGCACUGAUGGUUUCUGGGUGAGGGACGACAGCGGGCAGGUGUGGAGGGACAUGACACAGUGUGAAGAGGAAGAAGAGGUCACAUCUCAGGAGCUGUGGUUCAAACAAUUGAUGGUGAGCUUCAGGAUGUUGUACACUGUUGGCUAUUCCUUGUCCCUCUUCAUGCUCAUAAUGGCUGUCAUCAUUCUUCUGAGCUUUAGAAAACUGCAUUGCACAAGGAACUACAUUCACGCUAACCUCUUCCUGUCCUUCAUCCUGCGAGCUGUGUCCGUCAUCGUUAAAGACACCAUGCUAGAACGCCACUGGGGAAAGGAAAUCAUGAAACAGACCGAUGUGAGUGACAUGCUCAGCCACCAGGCUGCUCUUGGCUGCAGGGUAGCACAGGUGAUGAUGCAGUACUGUGUUCUGGCCAAUCACUACUGGUUCUUUGGAGAAGCUAUUUAUUUGUACUCUGUGCUUAUUGCCUCAGUUUUCAUCGACAACAACAAAAACUUGCCUUACAUCUGUCUUGGCUGGGGAACCCCACUUCUAUUUGUGGUUCCCUGGGUAGUGAUGAAGCUAUUGAACGAAAACAACGAGUGUUGGGCCGUCAAUGAGAACAUGAACUACUGGUGGAUCAUUCGUUUCCCAAUUCUUUUUGCUUCACUAAUCAACUUUCUAAUUUUCAUGAAGAUCGUGAAGGUUAUUCUUUCCAAAUUGCGAGCCAGCAACCAGAGUGGAUACCCUGAUUACAAACUUCGGCUUGCCAAAGCAACCCUUACUCUCAUUCCUCUAUUUGGGAUUCAUGAGGUCAUAUUCAUCUUUGCUACAGAUGAGCAGACUACAGGUGUUCUGCGCUACAUUAAAGUCUUCUUCACCCUUUUUCUCAAUUCAUUUCAGGGCUUUCUGGUGGCUGUUCUCUACUGCUAUGCCAAUAAAGAGGUUAGGACAGAGCUGAAGAGGAAGUUGCGCAGCUGGAGGAUAGAGGCAGAGAUAGUAUGCUGUGGACAGUGACUAACCGUGCUCAACUCUCGGGUAGACACCUUCUCCAUCGCCACGGUGCCAGAGCGCAACAGAUCCUCUGCCACAACCAUGAGGGCAAUGCCUGAUGGUUCGCCCACUCCUGACAGUUCUCAGAUUUUCAGACGUCAGGUUCAACCAACUUCCCCACAACCUGAGGCCUCUUUGCUGCACUGUCCAUCCGUGGUCAAUAGAGACAACACCCUGCAGUGUGUGGUCCAAGAUGAGGCUGGACAAAUGUCUGCGGCAAUGCAGGUGUCCUUACAUCUUCAAGACCCUGUGGAGUUGCUCCCACAUGUUGUAAAUAGAGAUUCAGACUGAGUAUUUUUGCAUUCAUUGUAAAUUUUAAGAUUCUUUGUGGUUUGUUGUGAAUAUGUAAAAUUGUUAUGAAGUGUAGUUAUGAUGUAAGAUGUUAAAUUGUGAAUAUGUGAAUACGCUAUUGGGAUUGUUUAAGACUAAAGACAUCUUUAAAUAA